UAAAUAAAUUUUUCAAAUAAUAUUCAAAACUUUAGUACAAGUAGAGAGAAAUAUAAGUUAAAGUUAAUAAAACUUGAUGUUUAAGUUUAGUUGACAUCUUCACUUUAACUAAAUCUAAAAUGGCAUCUGCUGAGGCUCUGUUCCUGAUCACAGCUAUAAUUGGCUUAAUUUAUUUUUGGGUCAAACAUAAUUAUAGUUAUUGGCAACGUAAAGGUAUUCCGUACUUAAAACCGAUUCCAUUUAUUGGUAACACUAAAUCAAUAUUAACGUUGAAAACGAGUAUCGGGUUGAUUGCGUCAGAUGUCUAUAGUGAUAAAACAUUGAGCGAUGCGGCCGCUGUAGGAAUAUACAGUUUCCAUAAACCUGGAUUAGUUAUACGAGAUAUUGAAUUAAUAAAAUCAAUUUUAAUCAAGGACUUCAAUAAAUUUUCAAACCGUACAGUAGCUUGUGAUCCACAUAAUGAUCCACUAGGAUCGAAUAAUUUAUUUUUCGUUAGAAAUCCAGAAUGGAAAGAUAUCAGAACAAAACUAUCACCAGUUUUUACAAGUGGUAAAAUAAAACAGAUGUAUCCACUUAUGGUUGAUAUUGCAACAGAAUUGGAAAAUCAUUUGACAUCUUAUAAGAAAACCAAUAAUUCCUUUGUAACGGAAGUGAAGGAGAUCUGCGCAAAUUUCACUACAGAUCUUGUCGCCACCAUAGCAUUCGGUUUACGUGCCAACAGUCUCAAAAAUCCAAAUGCCGAAUUUCGUCAUUAUGGAAGAAAAGUAUUUCAAUUUAAUUUGUUUCGCGCAUUUCAUUUCUUCGUUAUAAUAUAUUUACCGAAAUUAGUUAGCUUUUUCCGUGUAAAGAUAUUUUCUACAGAAUGUGCAAAUUUCUUGCGUAAAACUAUUAAUUAUGUCAUAUCAGAACGUGAAAGCAGUGGAACCACUCGCAAUGAUCUUAUUGAUAUUUUGGUAUCCUUGAAAAAGGAAGCUCCAGAUGCACAAAGCCUAUAUAGAGCUAACAAUAAUGAAUUCUUAGUGGCUCAAGCUGCUGUAUUUUUAACUGCAGGGUUUGAGACAUCAUCUUCAACAAUGUCUUUUGCACUUUAUGAAUUAUCGAAGAAGCCAGAAUUACAAAAGCGUUUACGUACAGAAAUUUGCAAUGCAUUCUUGGUUGAAAACGGAAAAAUAUCUUAUGAAAAUAUUCAAAAUCUUCAGUAUUUGGGAAUGGUUGUAGAUGAGAUUUUGCGCAUGUAUCCUGUAUUACCAUUUUUGGAUCGCGAAUUUAACAAAGCUAAAGAUGAGUCAGAUUUUACUCUACAACCAUAUUACAAUUACGCAUUACCCAAUGGCAUGCCAAUAUACAUUCCAAUAUAUGGAAUACAACGUGAUCCAAAGUAUUGGCCGAACCCAGAUGUUUUUGAUCCAGAACGGUUUUCACCAGAAAACAAAAAAAGUCAUACUCCCAUGACAUAUUUUCCAUUUGGAAAUGGACCACAUAAUUGUAUAGGAAGUCGCUUAGGAUUACUUCAAACAAAACUUGGUUUGGUACACUUCUUAAAAAAUUAUUUCGUUGAACCCUGCGAUCAAACACCAUCUGAGAUGGAGUUCGAUCCUAAAGCUUUUGUACUACAAUGUGUUAAAGGUAUUUACUUAAACAUUGUAAAUGAUCGCAUGUACGACAUAAAAGCGAAUGUAAAAUAGAAAAAUUAAUUUAUUUGAAAAAUAAGAUGUAUUUAUUGUGUAUGUUUAU